GUGUGAGAUCUGGAAUUUUAGUAAUGAAAAUUAUGCCCUUUUAUUAACAAAAAUUUUAAUUAAUUUACUUUCGUUUAUGUAAUGAACUAGAAAAAAAACCGAUCUUAGCCGGAAAUGUGUAAACCUUCCUGUCAUAACUAUCAACAUCUAUUGUUCUCUGCAGAACGUGCAGCUCAUUUUGCAGAAAAGUUUAUGGUUAACAUCCAACUUUCGUCACUUGUUUUAAGUCCCUGGGACACCUAUAACCUUUAACUCAUGAACAUCUGAUCACAUGGUGGAAAUUCCCCACAAAAAGCUAUAAAAGACAGUUCUUACCCCCUCUCGGGGGAGUCUCUUAACGAACGCCGGACCGACAACAUUGCGCCAAUUCUCCAAACCCGCCAAACUCCAAUCUACGAUCGAUGAUAACAGAUCAUCACCAAAGUCGCAAACUUUGUAAAUUUGUGCUCUAUUGGAUAAAACCUCCUUUUCUUUGGACAAAUUAAGGGCUUCUACGGACUUACUCGUCAAGGAACCUACAAAGAGGUAGUAAAUUUAGAAUAUAAACAGUUUUUAUCACAGUGGAAAACCUGGCUAUUUACAUCGACUAAAAGAGAUGAAUUAUUAUCUUCAUUAAAAACAGUAAUCAGUGAAAACCAAGCUCAUAUUCAACAAGUAAAGGGAGAAAUAAAAAGUUAUAAUUCAGAAAUCCAGAAAGAAUUAGAAAAAAAUGAACAACAAAAUUUAUUAAUUUCACAAAGAAAAUCUGAAUUUCUUCAUUUAUCUAAUUUAAAAGAAAAUACUGAGGAAGAUAUACAACAUAUUCUUCAGAUGUAUAUUUUAUUAAAAUGUUCAAUGGAUGAAUUAGAAAAUAAUUAUCAAAAGAUAAAUCAGGAAGUGAAAUUUCAAGAAAAGUCUUAUCACAAACUUUUAGAAGAAACUCAGAAAAGAAAAUCAGAAAUGGAUACUAAAGAAAAGGAAAAAUUGAAUAUAUUGUUUAAGUUAAAAUGUAAUAAAACGUAUAAAUCUGCAUGUCAAAAUUUGGAGAAACUACAGGAAAAAAUCAAACAAUUGGAAACAAAUUCCCUAGAGGCAGAGAAUGCAUUAACUGAAAAACUUUCUGAAUUAAAUAAUACUAAAUCCAGUUUAGAAUAUUUAAACCGGCAAUUGAAUGAUUUGGAGAAGAAUGUCAAAGAAAGCCAGGAAGACCUCACUGCCUGUUGGAGAAAGCAAUUCCAGAUGGAGGAUUCUAUUAAAAUAAAAAAUAGACAUCUUGAUAAACUUAAAACUAAGUCAGCUUCAUUUAUUGAUCAUUCGAAAGAAAUGACAGAUGAAAUUUCUGUUUUAAAAGACGAAGUGAAGCACGUGCUGUCAAAAAUUGAAAUUACAGAGAACGAUCAUUCGGAAAAUGAGAAGACGUGGUUUUCUACGCAGUGCACGUUAAUGAAUUUGAAUUAUCAAUUUGACAUUGCAAGAAAAGAAAUCAAUAAUCAGAUUAAUAGAAUUGCUCUUUAUGAAAGAAAAAAAUCACAAAUAGAAGAAGAACUGGAGUGUCAGAAAAAAGAAAAUACCGGAGUAGAACAUACGAUUCAAAACCUUCAGAACGACAUUGUACGAUUAACCUCAAACCUUCGUUGCAAGAAGAGCGUUCAUGGCAAACUGACGCAAGAAUUUUCACUGACGGAACAAAAUUUUAUGGAUAAAUUAAAACAAACAGAAGUGGAAUAUAUACAGAUGGAAAAUAAGUUAAACGAUUUGAAGCAUAAAAAUGAAAGUUGUUAUAAUGAAAUUAUAAAAAAAGAAAAAGAAUUAUUGUUGUGGGAGAGGAAGAUGCAUCAAGCGGAAGAAACUAAAAAAUCCCUACAUAAUCACUUAUUUCACGAGUUAAAAAGUUUAAGGUCGGAAAUUCAUCAAAAAAUGUUAGAAAAAGAUAAUUUAAAGAGAGAACAAGAAGUGCUCCGACAGGAAUUAGAAAAGUCAAUACUGCACCACGCGGCACUGUAUGCCAAGAUCGAGAUUCGUAACGAACUGAAUAAAACGAGAGAGAAGAAGAGUCGUUCGCCGAAAAGAGAAGAAUACAUUCAAAGGAAUUUAAAUCAGAUUAAACAGAAACUGUCAGCAUACGAGAAAGAAUUUUACGAAAUGGAAAAUGAAAAAUCAAAAGCGAACAUUAAGGCGGAAGAGUACAGAAUCUAUUUGGCCAGACUGGAAUUCGAAAUAAAGAACAAAAUGGCAGAAAUUGAAAUAUUCAAUCAAGAAAAAUACAAGAAUUUUAAGAAAUUAUCUCUAGAACAACAGAAAACAAAAUAUUACGAAAAUAUAAAGAAGGGGAAAUACUUAGUGCUGAUUCAUUCGGAAGACGUGAGGAAAUCCGAACACGUCGAGUUACGGAGAAGGCUUUUUGAACUAAAUUCGCUUUCUACAAAGAUAACCGAAGAAUAUCCGCAAGUCUCUGACGUUUCUAAAAAAAUUAACGAAUGCGUCGAAUUAACCGAAGUUUUUUAAUAAAGUUUCUGGCAGUUGAUCGUCGACCGACGAAAAAGUAUCCACGAGGAUCAUUUAACUGUACACAUAUAACAAACACAACAUACUUAUAAUCAAGAUAUAAUUAUAAAUAUUUUUAUU